AAGGACCUGGGCUCUAGCGCCUGGGCAAAAGGCCUCUGUGUAGUUUUCUCUCCCUCCGCCAGCGGUCCGGAGCGCUGGACCCCAGCCCCGUUGUCUCCACCGUCGGGACGCACACACUCUGCGUCAUGGCGGGCUGAGGCCGAUGAUGAAUUCCGGUGUGCAGAGCAGGGUUGCUGUGUCACUCGGCUCGCUAGGUGCACCCCUUCCCGGCCGCUCUUCCGCACCGGCUGUCGGGAUCUUCCGGUCUUUCGCUGCCACUCACCUGCAGGCCGGUGUCCCGCCGUCGCCGGGCGCACGCCGUGUCUGCCCUGUGCGCUGACCUCGUGCGGGGUCCGGGGGCCGGGGCCGGGGCGUCAGACCGACGCUGGCCAUGGCGAGCGGCGCUGCCAGGUACCGGCUGAGCUGCUCGCUCCCGGGCCACGAGCUGGACGUGAGGGGCCUGGUGUGCUGCAUCUAUCCGCCCGGAGCUUUUGUGUCGGUGUCUCGGGACCGCACCACUCGCCUCUGGGCCCCAGACAGUCCUAACAGGGGCUUUACGGAAAUGCACUGUAUGAGUGGCCACUCUAAUUUUGUGUCUUGUGUAUGCAUCAUACCCUCAAGUGACGUAUACCCUCAUGGACUGAUUGCAACUGGAGGAAACGAUCAUAAUAUUUGCAUUUUCUCACUGGACAGUCCUAUGCCACUUUAUAUUUUAAAAGGUCACAAAAAUACUGUUUGCAGUCUUUCAUCUGGAAAAUUUGGGACAUUACUUAGUGGUUCAUGGGACACCACUGCUAAAGUCUGGCUGAAUGACAAGUGCAUGAUGACCUUACAGGGUCAUACAGCUGCAGUAUGGGCAGUAAAGAUUUUACCAGAACAGGGCUUAAUGUUAACGGGAUCGGCAGACAAAACAAUUAAACUGUGGAAGGCUGGAAGAUGUGAGAGGACGUUUUCAGGACAUGAAGAUUGUGUAAGAGGUUUGGCAAUUUUGAGUGAAACAGAAUUUCUUUCAUGUGCAAAUGAUGCUAGUAUUAGAAGGUGGCAAAUAACUGGCGAGUGUCUUGAAGUGUACUAUGGACAUACAAAUUAUAUUUAUAGCAUAUCUGUCUUUCCAAAUUGUAGAGAUUUUGUGACAACAGCAGAGGACAGAUCUCUGAGAAUCUGGAAACAUGGGGAAUGUGCUCAAAUAAUCCGACUUCCAGCUCAGUCUAUAUGGUGUUGCUGUGUGCUGGACAAUGGUGACAUUGUGGUUGGUGCGAGUGAUGGUAUUAUUAGAGUGUUUACAGAGUCAGAGGAUCGGACAGCAAGUGCUGAGGAAAUCAAGGCUUUUGAAAAAGAACUCUCUCAGGCAACCAUUGAUUCUAAAACUGGUGAUUUAGGGGAUAUUAAUGCUGAGCAGCUUCCUGGAAGGGAACAUUUAAAUGAAGCUGGUACUAGAGAAGGACAGACUCGUCUAAUCAGAGAUGGGGAGAAAGUUGAAGCCUACCAGUGGAGUGUUAGUGAAGGGAGGUGGAUCAAAAUUGGUGAUGUUGUUGGCUCAUCUGGUGCUACUCAGCGAACAUCUGGAAAAGUUUUGUAUGAAGGGAAAGAAUUUGAUUAUGUUUUCUCAAUUGAUGUCAAUGAAGGUGGACCAUCAUAUAAAUUGCCAUAUAAUACCAGUGAUGAUCCCUGGCUAGCUGCAUACAACUUCUUGCAGAAAAAUGAUUUGAAUCCCAUGUUUUUGGACCAAGUGGCCAAAUUUAUUAUUGAUAACACAAAAGGUCAAAUGCUGGGGAUUGGGAACACCAGUUUCUCAGAUCCAUUUACAGGUGGCGGUCGUUACGUUCCUGGCUCUUCAGGAUCUUCCAACACACUGCCCACAGCAGAUCCUUUCACAGGUGCUGGUCGUUAUGUGCCAGGUUCUACAAGUAUGGGCACGGCCAUGGCUGGAGUUGAUCCAUUUACAGGGAAUAGUGCCUACCGAUCAGCUGCAUCUAAAACAGUGAAUAUAUAUUUCCCUAAAAAAGAAGCUGUCACUUUUGACCAAGCAAACCCUACACAGAUAUUAGGAAAACUGAAGGAACUCAAUGGAACUGCACCUGAAGAGAAGAAGUUAACUGAAGAUGACUUGGUACUUCUUGAAAAGAUACUGUCCCUAAUAUGUAAUAGUUCUUCAGAAAAACCCACAGCCCAGCAACUGCAGAUUUUGUGGAAAGCUAUCCACUGGCCUGAAGAUAUUGUCUUUCCUGCACUUGAUGUUCUCCGGCUGUCAAUUAAACAUCCCAAUGUGAAUGAGAACUUCUGCAAUGAAAAGGAAGGGGCUCAGUUCAGCAGUCAUCUUAUGAAUCUUCUGAACCCUAAAGGAAAGCCAGCAAACCAGCUGCUUGCUCUCAGGACUUUUUGUAAUUGCUUUGUUGGCCAGGCAGGACAAAAACUCAUGAUGUCUCAGAGAGAAUCACUGAUGUCCCAUGCAAUAGAACUGAAAUCAGGGAGCAAUAAGAACAUUCAUGUUGCUCUGGCUACCUUGACCUUGAACUAUUCUGUUUGUUUCCAUAAAGACCAUAACAUUGAAGGGAAAGCUCAAUGCUUGUCAGUAAUUAGUACAAUUUUGGAAGUUGUACAAGACCUAGAAGCCGUUUUUAGACUUCUUGUGGCUCUUGGGACACUUAUCAGUGAUGAUUCAAAUGCUGUACAAUUAGCUAAGUCUUUAGGUGUUGAUUCUCAAAUAAAAAAGUAUGCCUCAGUAUCAGAGCCAGCUAAAGUAAGUGAAUGUUGCAGACUAAUCCUAAAUUUGCUGUAGCAAUGGGGAAGGCCAAGGGUGGGGGUGAGAUUUUAAAUUGAUUAGUGUUGUUGGGUUUUUUUUUGUUUUUUUCCCUCACAUUUUACCUGACUGAUUGCAGAUGAUUAAGAAGAAUAAUACUGUGGAUUAAGUAAAAUUUCAGAUCUUGUAAAGUGAUGGGGAGGGGAAACAAAGGAGAAAUAAAAUUUUUGCACUGAUGAAA